UGUAGGCGGCAGCUCGCGCGCGCGCAACCCAUUCCCCGCCGCAGGCGGACCCCGCCUCUUCCAGUCCAAGGAGAAGCUCUGUAGGUUUGUCAGGGCGGAGAAGAUGGUUCUCAAGACUGAGCUCUGCCGUUUCAGCGGUAUAAAGAUAUACCCGGGAAGGGGCAUCAGAUUUGUCCGUUCAGACUCUCAAGUCUUCCUUUUCUUCAACUCCAAGUGCAAGCGCUACUUCCACAACCGUCUCAAGCCUGCUAAGCUUUCUUGGACUACCAUGUUCAGGAAGCAGCACAAGAAGGAUAUUCAUGCUGAGGCUGCCAAGAAGAGGCGCCGCACCACGAAGAAGCCGUACUCCAGGUCUAUUGUCGGUGCUUCCCUUGAUGUCAUCCAGAAGAAGAGAGCUGAGAAGCCUGAGGUCCGUGAUGCUGCCAGGGAAGCUGCUCUUCGUGAGAUCAAGGAGCGCAUCAAGAAGACCAAGGACGAGAAGAGAGCAAAGAAGGUGGAGGUGACGAAAUCGCAGAAGACUGCUGGUAGAGGCAACGCCCCCAAGCCUGGAAAGGCCCCCAAGCUCGGUGGUGGCGGUGGCAAGCGCUAAGCGUGGCCCACCCUGCUCUUCAACCGCUGAGCAACCUGAGUUCUAAACUAGUUACAUGAUGCUUUAGCACCUAUCUUUAGAAAGCAUUUUUUUGGGCACAAGCCUGUGUCUGGGUGCAUAAACCUGUGGUGCAUCAGUGUGAAGAUUGGUCUCUGUUUAUCUGGUUGGUUCUUUUCGCACCCAUGUUGUCGAUGUUUGUUUCUGUA